GGGGAGGUACUUCCGGUCCUCUAUACUGGUGGCUCGGCUGCGGUUCUGAGGACGUCUCUUCUGGUCCCGUGAGCCCCACUGUGAGCCGCUGCUGGGAGCCGAGGAGAGCGGGGCGAGCUCGGAGUCGGCGCCAUGGAUGCAGUGACCUUUGAGGACGUACAUGUGAACUUCUCUCAGGAAGAGUGGGCAUUGCUAGAUCCCUCUCAGAAGAGUCUCUACAAAGAUGUGAUGCUGGAAACCUACUGGAACCUUAAUUUUACAGGACACAAAGGGGAAGACCACAAUAUAGAAGAACAUUGUCAAAGUUCUAGAAGACACGGAAGGUAUAGUGGCUGUCCCUCUAGAUACCAGCCAUGUGAUCUGAAGGAACAUGGAGAGCAGCAGUGUGCCACUCUCUUUCCCAGAACAAUUAGAAGAUAUGAAUGGGAUACAAGUUUACAAGUAAUUGGUUUUCCAGAUUCAGUGGGAAUACAUCAAAAUACUAACAUUGGAGAAAAGCCCUGUGAGUACAAGGAAUGUGAAAAAUCUUCUGUCUGCCCUGCCUCAUUUUGCACAUGUAUUGUGACUCCCACUAUAGAAAAAUGUUGUAAAUGCAAUCAGGGUGCAAAAGCUCUGAGUUCUUCCAGUUCUCUUCAAAGAAGUGAAAAACCUCAUAUAGGAAAAGGAAGUGAUAAAUAUGAUCCAAGUAGUAAAAGCUUUAACCUUCACAGGUAUCUUGAAGAACACAAAGCAACCUAUAAUGAAGAGGGUCUCUAUGAAUGUAAUCAAUGUGAUAAAGCCUCUUUAGAAUUCCACCAAAGAACUCCUUUGGAAAUGAAAUCCUAUGACUGUAAACAAGAUAAAGCCUUUAUUUGUCACAGCCAUCAUCAAGUAGGUAGAACUAAUACUAGAGAGAAAAAGUAUAAAAAUCCUCAAUGUGGGAAAUCCUUUUCAUGUCCCACUUAUCCUCACAUACAUGAAAGAACUCAUACUGGAGAGAAACCCUAUGAAUGUAAUCAGUGUGGUAAACUUUUUUCAUGUAACACUUCUCUUAAAAGGCAUGAAAGAACGCAUACUGGAGAGAAAUUGUAUGACUGUAUUCAAUGUGGUAAAGCCUUUACAUGUCGCAGUUCUCUUCAAGUACAUGAAAGAAUUCACACUGGAGAGAAACCCUAUAAAUGUACACAAUGUGAUAAAACCUUUGCAUAUUACAAUAGUCUUCAAAUGCAUGAAAGAACUCAUACUGGAGAGAAACCCUAUGAAUGUACUCAAUGUGGAAAAACCUUUGCACGUAACUGUACUCUUCAUAUACAUAAAAGAAUUCAUACUGCAGAGAAACCCUAUGAGUGUUCUCAGUGUGGUAAAACCUUUGCAUAUCGCAGUACUCUAAAACUCCAUGAAAGAAUUCAUACUGGAGAGAAACCAUAUAAAUGUAAUCAGUGUGAUAAAGCCUUUGCAAGUAAUAGUAGUCUUUACAAGCAUGAAAAAAGUCAUUCUGGAGAAAAACCCUAUGAAUGUGAUCAAUGUGGUAAAGUGUUUGCAUAUUGCAAUAGUCUUCAAAUGCAUGAAAGAACCCAUUCUGGAGAGAAACCCUAUGAAUGUAGUCAGUGUGGAAAAGUGUAUUCAAGUAACAGUCAUCUUAAGAUGCAUGAAAGAAGUCAUAGUAGAAAGAAACCUUAUGCAUGUAAUCAAUGUGAUAAAGCUUUUCAAUGUCGCAGUGCUCUUCAAGUGCAUGAAAGAAUUCAUACUGGAGAGAAACCCUAUGAAUGUAAUCAGUGUGGUAAAACCUUUGCAUAUAGCAAUAGUCUUCAAAUUCAUGAAAGAACGCAUACUGGAGAGAAACCCUAUGAAUGUGAUCAGUGUGGUAAAACCUUUGCAUAUUUCAGUAAUCUUCAACUCCAUGGAAGAACUCAUACUGGAGAAAAACCUUAUGAAUGUAAUCAAUGUGGUAAAGCCUUUGCAUAUAACCAUACUCUUCAAAUACAUGAAAGAAUUCAUACUGGAGAGAAGCCGUAUAAAUGUAAUGAGUGUGGUAAAGCCUUUGCAAGUAACAGUAGUCUUUACAACCAUGAAAGAAAUCAUACUGAAGAAAAACCCUAUGAAUGUAAUCAAUGUGGUAAAAUCUUUGCAGGUAAUAGUCAUCUUAAGAUGCAUGAAAGAAUUCAUACUGGACAGAAACCCUAUACGUGUAAUCACUGUGGAAAAGCUUAUGUAUAUCACAGUAGUCUUCAACUGCAUGAAAGAGCUCACACUGGAGAGAAAUUCUAUAAAUGUAAUCAAUGUGGGAAGGCCUUUGCACAUCUAAGUACUCUUCAAAACCAUGAAAAAAUUCAUACAGACACAAAAAAACUACAAUAUUCUGUGCCCCUUUCCUGAGAAGACAUUACCAAAUUAAACACUGACAUUGGAAUCAAUGUGUAGCAAUGUGUUGUCUUUUCUGUAAAGUUUGGGUGUUAACAGGAACAGAUGCCGUAAUUUUAAUCUUACCACUAUAAUCCCAAUCUAGAACUGAUCACACUAGUUUUGCCUAUUAUCAAUCCAGCCUUUCCUUCUUGCACAUGCCCAAAUGUACCAGGAAAUAUGGCAUGGACCCCCAUUUCUGUUGUUAAUAUGAAUCUGGAUGUGGCAUUGAGGUCAGGUCUGGAACUCUAUGAGCGUGCUCUCAGGUUUUUGAUCCAUUGGAGUGAUGGACACUAAGAAGGGCUGUAGGACUCUCAUUCACCUUUUUAGAUUAAUCUGAGUUGUUCCUGGAUGCACCCCAAAUUUUGGCUGGGCCUGGGAUCUACCUUCAUCCAGUUUCCUUGAGGCAAAGACCAUUCUUCAUCACCACUCAGGAAUAUACUUGGGUUUGCCCUAUACUUUCCUUGUUUACAGUGAGAGUGUAAACCUGAAAUCUUAGUCUUCAUGACCUGAGGAACACUCUGUCUUCCUUUUGCACACUUGUCUUUUAAAAUGUCCAGCAUGACCACAUUUAAAAGAUCCUUUGCCAUUAUUUUUACUAAGUUUUCUUUUUUUGGAUGGCUGCCAAUAAUUGAGGUACUAUUCUGCCUUGUAGGGCUGUGGCCAGAGAGAAGGCCUAUAUCAACCCAGAAGCAUCCUUCUUUUCUAGAGGGGUGUAUGGCAGUCUGGCAUGCAGCCAGCACUAGCAUUCUCAUAUGCCAACUGUUUAACAAUUAUCCUUUCCACCUCCCCAUCAACUACCAGGCAACUGCAGAGGAGAGGAAACAAUGAUAGGGCUCAUCAGGUCAUUGUCUAGUUGUAGAAAUUUUCUCUUUUUUCCAGAAUCCAGAAUUCAUCCACGGCUAUAAGGCUAAAGCACUGAUUUGUCCCUAAUCCACAGGAGGAUCUGUAAUCUGUAACUGAACAUCACUAUACAUGCCUUCUAACAUUUCAAAAAGUAUGGGAACAUUAUUUUCAUGGUUUCUAAUAGCUUGUUCCAUGCAUCUUUCUGAAUAAUCAGUCUUCCACAGUAAGUAUUCACCCCAGUAAAGCAAGCCUUUUCUGAGAUCCAGCAGUCGAAGGGAAGAAACACUUCCCCAGGAAUAGAAUCAAGGAGAGAAAAGGAGCAGUUGUUUAUAUUGAGCACAAGCCUACUUAAGAUCCUCAAGAGUCCUAAAUGAAAUGGGUAUAGUUUCUAACUUACUGCCUUUGGUUUUUAGGAUUGAGCAUUACACUCACUGGCAUCCACUCCCAUCUCCUGGACAGAGCCUCUUGCAUUGGAGAUGUUUACCUCGAAUUAGAAUAACUUAAUUUUCUUAUCAGGAGAUGAGAAACCUCUUAAUAGCCUCAAUAAUAGAUAAAGUGAAGCAGUGGAAAAAGUUCCCAUUCUAUUGGAAGCUAAACUUGAUGUAUAGGUUUUAGGAGCAGAGGAAAUUAGAGCUGGAGUUGGGGGGAGCAAAAUCAGCACAAAGAGGAGAAAAAUCUUCAACCUCAUCAGAGAGAGACAUUAGAUAGUAUGUCUUAGUAUAUCUUCAGCUUCUAAUUUCUCUUUUAGUAUAGUGCUCUGCUUUUUCCUGAUCACUGUUGUUUUCAGAUUUGUCAUUUUUAUCUAUUACUCUUCAUUUCUUUCCAAAGCUGAAAAGCAUCCCUAGUAACUAUUUCCUGGUUCCCUUGCAUCUAAUUCUCCCUGGAUUGCUCUUCCUAACCAGGACCAACUUCUCAGACCUAGAGAUUACCUCUUCUGGGAACUAAGAGUGAACUUCACUAAUGAGUUUCAGGACUUGUAUCGUCUGAGGAUAUCCCACUUUAAUUCUUCCACUAACAACUCUCUGCUUUUCCUCUUGAUUGCAAGCCAUUUCCUCACUGGAAGUUUUGGUUUCUUUGUAAACUCAGUUAUGUAAACAUGUUUUUGUUUUAAUCCCAAGUGUGGGGUUUUAGUUGGGCUAAAGUUUGUCCACACCUGUUAAUUGUCUAAUGCAAGGCAUGGCAUUUGCCAGCUGCUAACAGCCUUCCACAUGCAGCACAUAAGAGGGACACAGUCUAGGACUCUGAGGAUAUAAAUUGAAAGCUGAGAAAACAAAGGUGUGGCAUGUGGUGUUGGUGUGUGGCAUGUAGCACUUUGGAGCAGACAGACAGAAAUACUUCAGGGUGCAGCAUCUUGAAGGAGAUUGCUAGCUCUGAGGUUGAGGGAGAUUGGACCCCUUGACCCUAAACAGCCAGAAGAAGCAAAAGAGUCUGGGCCCUCUCUCCCCACUAACCUUCACUAUCAUUCAUAGAGUUGGGAGGUUGGAAGGGAAUAACAUCUGAAAUAAAGUAGUUUUAAAAACAAGCUCUACAGCUACUUCUACAUGACUACUGCCUGUGUUAAGACUAACUGAGUCAUCAAGCUGUGUGUACUGUCCAACUAUUAUUGGUUUCUUAGACUUUCUGUUCUUGUCAAGCUAUUCUUAGAUUAGCUAAGCCUGCAAGUCAUUCUAAUGAAUCCUCAUCCUAUACAUAUAGAGAUUCAUUCUACAAAUUUUGUUAAUCUACAGAACUGAGAUUAAUACAGAUUAUGGUACUAGAAGUAAUUUUAGAACAAUAGAAGCAUAAAGAUGAACCUUUUAAGUAUCUCAAAUAGGAUAUUUAAUUCUCCCACAUCUACAAUUAUCAAAGCUUCUCCAGUUACUAAAGUAUCUCCUGGGAAUUCAGACAGCAAAAAGGUGGAAUCAGGAACUGACUCGGAGACUGUGGAGAAGUGCUGCACUGGCUUGCUCACCAUUGCUUUCUCAGCCUGCUUUCUUAGAAAAACCAGGACCAUCAGCCCAGUAUGGCACCACCCACGGUGGGCUGUGCCCUCACCCAUUAAUCUCUUAUUAGGAAAACCCCUACAUGUUUGUAAAAGCUAGAGCUUUUCUACAUAUUUUUAAUUUUUUUCUUUUAUUGAAAAUAGAUUGUUUUUUCAUAUACUAUAUCAUGAUUACAGUUUUUUCCGCCCUCUCUCUCUUCCAGUUGCUCUCAUCUCUCCCGAUGGGAUCACUCCUUUUCUGUGUCUUGUUAGAAAAGAAUAGCUUUUUAAGUAGUAACAAGGAAACAUUACAGUACAAAAUAACAAAACCAUCACAUCAAGGUUGGACAAGGCAACCCAACAAAAGAAAAAGUGCCCCAGAAUCAAGCAUAAGAAUCAGAGACCUCUCUAGGCAUGAUGGUGCCUGCUUUUAAUUGCAGCAUGCACCUGGGAUUAAAGCCCCUUUCAUUUCAGCCCCUGCUCAGGGAAACGAAAAAGAAACAAGGGUCUCAAUUCAUGUGUGGUGGCCCUGGUUGAUCAGCUACUCUGCUUUAGUGGUGAAAAUAAUAAAAGAUUUUGCAGUUUCCCAAGCCCUCUGGUGUAUUUCAUCCCUUUCCUCAUGGCACACAGUGAACACAGUAUAACAGGUUUGAAACCAGGGCUUCGGGUCUAUCUUGUCUCUGUAUCUUGGUUACCCAAGCAGUUUCAGGUUUGGGUUCCGUCUCAUGUAGUGGACCUUAAGUAAAAUCAGACAUUGGUUCACUACUCCCAUAAGUUAUGUGCCAUUUCCCUAACAUAUCUUGCAAGCAGGAAAUAUUGUAGGUUGAAGAUUUUGUGGCUGGAUUGCUGUUUAAGAUUCUUUUUCGGUAGCCUGCAGAGUAUCAUCCUUAACCAAAGACACUAGCACUUAGCACUUCAAGCUUACCUUAAAUACUAAGUUAAUUUCUUUAUUUUAAAUGAUUUGUAUGGGUGUUGUGCUUGGCAGUAGGCCCCACUGUAACUUUGCUGAGAGCAACCCAUUGUCAGAACAAAAGCAUAGGUUUUUGGAAUUUUCCAUGGCACCCUGUUGGCCAACAACUGGAUUGAAAGCAAUGCAGUUUCAAUACUGGAAGCCUCAUUUGGUGUCAAGAGGUGGCCAGUUGGGACUCCAUAUCCCCAUUAUAUGGAGAACUCAUUAAGAUUACCUUCAUAUAUAUUUAGGAAAUUUUGCUGCAGUAGGUUCUCAUAUCAUCCCCCAGAUGCCUCUUAGUUCUAGCCAUCUCUCCAGAAUUCUCUCCCUCAAUAGUACUUCUUCCCCUCCUCUGCCUCUCCAGUGCUGGUAUUAAGGUGUGUGCCACCACAUUGGGUUUUGAGGUAUUUUUGUAAUUGUGGUUUUCUCCUCUUAGACAACUUUUGCUUGUGUCAUUUGACAUUAAACUAUAGAACAUGUAUUAGAUUGCAGGUGUAGAAUAUUCUCCCUACCUUGUUUUUAAUUUUGAAAAAAAAUAUGCAUGUAUCUUUUGCCCAUCCACAUCUGUGGAUGUAUACUGCAUGUGUGCCUGGAGCUCACUGAAGUCAGAAAAGAAAAUUGAAUUCUCUUGACCUGAAGUCCUGAAUGUUUUUGAGUGUCAAACAAGUUCUGGGGAUUGAUCCAUGUCCUCUGCAAAAUCAACAAGUUUUCUUAUCUGUUGAGCUAUCCUUAUGUGCUCCAUCAUUUUUGUUUUUGAUUUUUAAGAUCAGCGUUUACUAAUGUUACUGAGAACUCUUUGAUCUGUUAGUAACUUAUUAAAAAUUCAUUAAUUUAUAGCAAUAUCAUAUUAGCCUUAAAAUUUAAGUGGGGGUCACUCCAGUUUUUUGUGAGACAAGUACAGAAUUUAAGUGAAUGUUUAACUCUUUGGAGGAAUUUCAAGUGAAGCCUAUCUUUUCCUUUCUAUCUUUCUGUUUGUUUGUGUGAGACAAGGUCUCUACGCAGACAGGUUGGCCAAGAAAUGAUAGAGAUUCACCUGUUACUGCCUCUUGGGGUCUGAGAUUAAAAGUGCACCAUCAUGACCAUCUUGUUCAUUCUUUUUUGAAGUUAGUAAUUUUGAUAUAUUUUUGUGAUAUAAGCUCAACAGUGUUGCUCUGUUUACAUGUCUCCCUGUACAUGUUAGUAGGCCUUUCUGUGGCAGUGCCAUAUCCUACUUAAGGGAUCCAGAAAUGAGAAGUGUCAUCUUCCUUUUUUGUUUUCUUGUAAAAUGACUGGGUGAGUGCAUUAGAAAUUCUUUGAUAUGAAAUAAAUGUUAAACAUACAGAAUUAUGUAACUAUAUUCUCAAUGUAGUAUACAUUUGCUAUGCAAUCAAUCUCACUGUUUUGGUGGGGUUUUUUUUUUUGAAACAGGGUUUCUCUGUAUACAUUUUACUUUCCUGAAACUCGUUCUGUAGAUCAGGUUGGCCUUGAACUUACAGAGAUCUGCCUGCCUCUGCCUCUCAAGAGCUGGGAGUAAAGACAGGUGGCAGAGACACCCAGCAAGUCUCACCAUUUUUAUUGCAUACAUGUAUGGGAUAGUUUAGGAUGGAGUGACCAAUGAGAAUGUGUACAUGAACUUCACCAUCUUAAGAUGACAGCAUGGUAUAAAGCAACAAUUGUAAAACUUCUUAGUUCUCCUGAACUCUCUGCUUUUCACUGUAUCUCACUUUUAGAUGAAGAAGACAGCAACAGGUCUCAUAUAUCUUUGGCUAGAAUGGAUUCUUAUUAAGUAUUAACAAUGUUUAUAUAUUUCUAAGGUUAUAAGGUACACUCAAAUUAAUAAAAAGCUAAUUUUAAAGUGUGUAUCAAACCUCUGUCUUUACUUGUGGGUGCUGCUUCUGGCAUGGCUAUUUUGGCUUGACUCUAGCUCAGCUGUUUUAGAGGUCAUUUCCAUUUUCUUUAUUAACCAAGCUUAUAGUUUCUAUUUUUCUGCCAGCUAGGACUUUUCCGUAAAUUAGAUGACAGGCUGUUGCUGUGUGAAACUUUAGGAGUCUGGUACAUGGGAUUCUACUUCCUGGCCUUGGCAGAUACAAGUUUUAUCUAAAGUUCCGAGACUAUCCUUGGCAUUUCAUGAGAGAGGGGUGUUCUGUUCCUGAGAACUAGAUACCAAGUUCCAUGCAAGCCUGGGAGCUGGAUAGCCUUAAGUAAAUCCUCGGAUACGUUGCCUUAUGAUGCAAAUACUGAUACUGUGAGGAGAUUCUUUUGUGAUUCUUUUUUAUAUAAGUGUAUGCUUUGCCUUCAUUAAAUGAGAUUUGAUCAGA